CAUCUCCAUCUGCUCUCUGAUUGGAGCCUUUUCUGUAUCUUCUGUGAAGGGCCUGGGUCUCGCAAUCAAAGAGCUACUUGAAGAAAAACCAGUAUACAAAGAUCCAUUGGCCUAUAUUCUUCUAGCGACAUUGGCGAUUUCAGUUAGCACCCAGAUCAACUACCUCAACAAAGCGCUGGACACCUUCAACACAUCAGUAGUGACACCAGUGUAUUAUGUGUUUUUCACCACAGUGGUGGUCACAUGCUCUGUAAUUCUUUUCAAAGAAUGGAACAGCAUGAGUGUGGCAGACAUAUUUGGCAACCUCAGUGGAUUCUGCAUCAUAAUCAUUGGCAUAUUUCUCUUGCAAGCCUUUAAAGACUUGAACUUUACAUGGGAGCUGCUACCAACUUCAGCUAACAAGGGCAGCUAUCAUGUAACAAUGAGUGGACCUGAUGACCAACAACACAAUCUGUUGGAAAACAUGGAUAAUCAAUGCAUUGUGCAUGAGAAUGAAAAUAUAUAUUGCUGUAAAACAGAACAGCUAGAGGAUAGCCACUAAAACAUAUUUAAAGGUCCCUCUAUAAAAUGUUUAUGUGAUUGGUAUGGCACCAGACACAUUUUUGCUUGCACAUUACAUUGAGGACCUGUUAUAUAAAUAUUUUGCUCCAGCACAUAAUUUUUAUUACAUUUUCUCUGAAAUAAAUAUAUAUAUAUUAAUAUCAUAUUGUUCAUAUUAUAGAGCUAUCAAAUGAAAUUAAUUGCGCAACACAAAAUGAUGCUUUUCCCCAUAAUGUUCAAUCUACACAUUUGUUGAGUACUAAUUCAUGAUAGUAAGACAUCUUCUGGCAUUGUGAAUAUAUAUGAAUAUCUAAUAGUUUGUCAGAAUGUAAUCUAUUCAAAUCACUCAUAAAACCCAUUACCAUUUGACUUUCAGACAAUACUUCACUAAGACACAACUCUUCUGAGGAGUGUCCAAUAAUUCCAUUUCCGCGUUCCGUGAUUCUAGAACAAAUCACUCAAAGGACAAUUUGAGUGUUGGUGAGAAAAUUGAUUUUAUAUUACACGGUUGAAACAAAAAUAAAUAAGUGCAGAUAAAAUAUGAGUAGGUGGUCAGUAGUUUGGUGAUAGGUGGGUUAAUAUAAACCUCAAGGUUUUUGUCAGCCUGUUAGGUUACUUCUAUAGCGAACAUUAUCGUGCGGUAGGUGAAUUCCAAACCUAAAAGAUUUGUCAAUGUAUAACAACACCUUGUUGAACCACGGGGAGACAGACACUGAUGCUAAAUUACAACAGAAAAAAAAAAACGUUUUUAAAUAUUGGACUGUCUCUGUAUGUUAACAAACUUUACAUUUAUACUUUUAUGUAUGUAUAACUUUUGAAUUUUUUAUAAUAUUGUAGUUUUAUAAAUGUACAACCUAUAUUAUUAUUUAAUAUUAAUUAUCAUAAUAUUGAAUUUCUCUGUUGUGACUUUUUUUCCCAGAAAUUAACUGUGUAUCACUGAAAUUAAUUAUUGUAAAGGUAUAUUGUGAAUGUUAUAUUCUAUGGCUUGUAUAUAAUAAAUGGUAUAUGCAAUGAAGUUAUUUU